AUGGCGGAGACUAUGGAGGGCCUCACCACAAUUGGCCUCGCGGCUGAAAUCUUGGCAGCUCUUGACUAUGGUAUCCGCGUACAGCAGCGCCUCACAGCAGCCAAGCGCCGAUCUAGCCCAGACAUCGAAGAAGCCGUCGCGAAAUUAAAGACCGGUGCCGCUCGUUUGAAUGACGGUGUGGUAGAGAGAUUCUCAAGCGAUGCGCCUGUGGCUGCAGCUUCUUGCGCAUCUUCAAAAUUACUGGAAAAUGUCGCGGCCGAAAUUGCUGCACUGCCAACCGAAGGCCAGACUAACCGGUCUAUGCUUGAUCGGCUCAAACUUACCAAGAAAUCAUCCAAGAUUGAGCGCCAUGGUAUGAAAGAGACGGAAAUGCGACUCAAGGAGCAAGUUGCAAGGUUAAAUGAGCUCGUGUCUUUGUCACUACAACAGGAUGCCGAAAAUGUGCUUCGCGAGAUUCAAUUGCUACCACAGAUUACUCCAGCACAGAUUUCAAUUGUACAGUCUGUCCUGUCGUCCUUGCGCGCCGCAAUCAGCUCUCUGCGUGACAGUUCAACCAGUGCCUACGAAGCCUUUCAGACGCUCGCUCCGCAGAUAGAGAACCUAGUGGCCAAAAUGCAACAAAACGCGGCGCUCGAUGCUCUCAAAUUUGGGAAGCUUCAUGAGAGAUUCGACAGCAUCACCAUCGCUGAGGCAAACACCUACGCCUGGCUACUACCCGACGCCAGCGACUACAGUGGCCAGGCGCCUGUGCUCAGCGAGCAUCUGGCAGUGGCCAAGAAGACAUUUCUGGACUGGCUCGAGGCGGGCUCUGAGUUUCUUUACACCUCUGGCAAACCUGGGGCCGGAAAAUCGACCCUCAUGAAAUUCAUCUGUCGCCAUCCGCAAUUCUACGACUGCGCUGCCAGGUGGGCUGGAGAUGCAACACUUGUGGUUGGGCGCUUCUUCUUCUGGAAACCGGGACAGUCUGAGCAAAAGAGUAUCAAUGGCAUGCUCCGCGGUCUUUUGUACUCCAUCCUGGAAACGCGAGCGGAUAUUGCGGCCGUGGCUAUGCCGGAGCUCUGCGACAGCCUCCGCACUGACAAGACGGCCGCCGUGAGCGAUGACGAUGUCAAGAACGCUUUCCAGAAGAUGCUCAACGCAUUUUCUCAAAGCAAAAGGUACGCAGUGAUGCUCGUUAUUGACGGCCUCGACGAGUUCGAGGGCGAGCACGGCGACCUGCUCGCCCUCAUGCAAUCAUGGGUGUCGCAGUACCCCUCCACCAUUAAGAUCUGCGUUUCGAGCCGCGAGUACGGCAUCUUCGAAGACUUCUUCGCCGGCUGCCCCAAGCUCCGUCUCCACGAUCUGACCAAAGACGACAUGGCCCUGUUGAUUGCCUCGCGCUUCAACACCAGCACGGCCUUUGCGCAGCUCCCCGGCCGGGACCUGGGCACGCUCACGCCGCUCAUGGUGGAGCGCGCCGAGGGCGUCUUCCUCUGGGUCAUCCUCGCCAUCUCCUCGCUCGAGGACGGCAUGGAGGGCGGGGACAUUAAAAACGCAGGCGAGCUCGAGGGGUAUGUCAAGCGCUUCCCGUCGGAGCUCGACGAAUUCCUGGCGCACGUGCACGGGUCGGUCAGCGAGUACAACCGGCCGUGGGCCUACAAGGCCAUCACGCUGGUGCACUUUGCGCAGUUUCGCGUCGCCGAGCUGCUCGCGUCGCGCGAGGGCUACCCGGGCGUCGGGCUCAUGGACUUUAUGCUCAUGGACGAGGCGUCGUCGUCGUGGAACCUGACCAUGUUCUCGCCGCGGUCCGACUUCAAGACGGCGACGGUCGAGGAGCGGCUGCGGCUCAUGCGGCGGAAGGUCCUGUGCCGGCCCAAGGGUUUCCUAGCCGUGUCCAACCUGCCAAACGCGCGCACCUGGCCCGCCAACGGCAACGGCGAUGAUAAGCUGUACAUUACCUUUACGCACCGCUCCGUGGUGGAGUUUCUGGGAAGCCCGUCGGCGGUGGGCAUGAUGGCAACCUACAUCGGCAGCUUUGAUGCUUUUUUUGCGCUGGCGUCGAGCGACUUGGCUGCGCUGCGCUUCGCGCCGCCGACAGUCUAUCCGCUUCUCAAAGACAAGGUUGAUCUGCCUCCUGGUGAUAGCGUGGAGUUGACCGAGCUGCUCGCAGAUUCGUUCGUAAGGCGCAUCAGGGAGCUGAUUGAGUGCGCCAUGGCUCUGGAAAAGGGCGGCUCUGCGAGAUUUCUCAGCAUUCUGGAUGCGAUUGGCGAUGCCAUCAAGCGGCACUUGACGCUCCUGCUGCCUCUGAAGCGCAUUCGCCUCGCUCCGGAAGACAAUUCGCCUCAUCAGGUUCUGGUCAAUUUGACCCUAGCGAACCAUAUCUAUGAGUAUAGUGAGUGGAAGCGCAAGCAGCCAAUGCAAAAUGGCGGCAAGAAAACCAUGAGCUCGAGUUUGUUCCGUGCGUUCCAGGCCGUGAUCCAGCGAUGCAGAGCUGCUAGCCAGCCGGCUGUCACCAUCCGUGGGCUUGAGGGUGGCAGACCAAUCCGAGUCAUCAACAACACGUGUUUACCUUCAAGCUCGAAGACGACUGCUGAAAGAUUGCACAAGGUCUUGGACGAAUUCUUGGAGAAUGGUCUGGACCUCAACUGGAGCUGGCACGGCACUUGGCACGGCACGACUACCGCCGCGGAAGAUGCUUGGACAUGCUGGCAGGCAAUACUCUGGGCCAUCGUCAUUGGUGACCUUGCACAUGAGGAGAAGCCUGGAGACAUUUUAGCGCUGCUUUUGAAGCAUGGCGCGGCUAGUGAUGUGAAGAUCAUCUCAGAGACACCCAAGGGUCCGCUAGAAAUUGAGGAUUUGGAGCCUAGUGAGGGCUGGUAUCUGGUGUCUCCAUUUGAGAAUGCAACAAGCAAGCUCGACAGCAAGAGCCAAGUCGGCAAUACCAGCGGGAGGGAUGCCAUGCUGCCGGCGGUGCUCAUGCACGAAUCUGUGCCCAAUUUCCAGUGGGCGAAAGAACGUAACUGGGUGCUCACAUUAGAAGACCUGGCAAUUUUCAUCAGAACAUUCAGGUGUCGUGAGACAUGUCCUCGCGUACCUUGCAUCAGAGCUCCAGGGUAUGCCAACCUUGCGCUUGCCCAAACAGGUAUUCUCGGACAUCUCUUUCAACCUCUCCUUUCUCACGUCUUUUCAACAACGGCUCAACUUCAUCUUUCUUGUUCACCUACCGCCGUGACGGGCCUGUCUUUGACGAUGGCUCCCCUCACCGCCCUCUUCCUCGCCCUCCUCCCUCUUAUUAACGCCCAAUUUACUUACCCGCCACCUCUCACACGUCCCCUGACCGACUACCUCUCCGGCGGCGCCUCAUCACCGCUCAACUUUUCCGUCGGCGACAGCCUCUUUGGCGGGUGGGACACGCCCUCGCACCUCGUCUCCUUUCUCGUCUACCGCUGCGCAAACUCCUCCACCUCCACCCCCAUCUACCCCACAAACGACAGCUUCACCAGCGGCGCCGGCCACCUCUCCGCCGACGGCACCUGGAUGUACAUGCCGGGCUUCACCACGCCCUCGCAGAGCGCCUUCCCCAACGGCGUCAACUACGGCCACGUGCCCCUCUGGCUCUACGCCGCGUUCCCCGCGCCCAACGCCACGACGGGCGAUGUGUGCUGGUUCGAGCUGUACCCGGGCCACGAGGAGACGGUCCGGGUCCCGCCCCCGGCCGACGUCGGCGGCGUGUACGACGCCGUGAACAACGUCACCGUGAACGGGGACGGCGCAUUUUACUACGCGACGGUGCCGUUUUGGGUGCAUCCGGCGAGGGAGGACGGGCUGACGGUGACGUGGAAGGUCGGGAGCAGCCAAAACGCAGGCGGCCGAGGGGCGCCGACGCCAGACGUGCUCCGGAACUCGAGCGGAGACGCCCAGCGGAUUAUUAGCGAGUUCAAUCUGCAGCCGCCGAAGGGAAGCCACAAGGGGGAUAAGAACCGCGGGCUGAGGAUUCAUGGGGGGAGCGUGGGUGUCUUGCUGAGCUUUGCCGUGGCGCUGUGUAUAUUGUAG